UACUAAAAAUAAACAUUUUUCCAUGUUUAUUGCAAAGUGAUACAUAAAUUUUUUUUGAAUGAUACUGUUGGGAGUUUUGUGUUUAAAGAAAAUAAUUCGCUAUAGUUGAAACAAUUAAUUGUUUCAUAUUUUUUUUAAGAUCGAAUCAUAUUUUCCAAGUCAAUAGAAAAUAAAAACAAAAUAUGUUUUCUAAUGGUCUUCCUUGCAACUUGCCAUUUCCCAGUUGUCUAGGCAUAUCGAAAGACAGUGGAAAUGAUGAAUUGCUGCCCUCCAACACUGGUAACAGAGAACCAGUUAUAUUAAAUGUAUACGACAUGUAUUGGAUUAACGAAUACACGACAUCAAUUGGUUUGGGUGUUUUUCAUUCUGGCGUAGAAGUGUUUGGAACGGAGUUCGCUUAUGGCGGCCAUCCAUUUCCGUUUACUGGCGUUUUUGAAAUCACUCCCAGAGACCAUGAUGAAUUAGGAGAGCAAUUUCAGUUUAGACAAAGUAUACAAAUAGGCUGUACAGAUUUUACGUACCAAGAAGUUAGACGUAUUGUGGAGGAAUUGGGUAACCAAUUUCGAGGAGACCGAUAUCAUCUAAUGAACAACAACUGCAAUCAUUUCUCCAGUGCUCUUACUCAGAUCCUUUGUGGCCAAGAAAUACCCAGCUGGGUAAACCGUUUAGCCCAUUUUAGUUCUUGUGUACCAUUUUUGCAAAGAUGCUUGCCAAAAGAAUGGCUGACUCCGAAUGCCUUACAGCAGAGCAUAACGGCUAUCCAGGAACGAGAUGACUCUGAGCAUAGUCCGCUUUGAAAUAGGUUAUGUUCAGGGCAACAACAAUAAUCGAAACAUUGCACCAAUUUGUACUAUAUAAAUACAUACUCGUACAACCAUACAACACAUACUACAUACAAACAAACAACAUACACAUACAUACAAACAAACACUAAUACAUAUUUGCAUAUAACAAUUAUCUUAUUUUUUAAAAUUUUAAUAUUAUUUUGUAUUUAGAUUGAUAAAUUUUAGAAAAGUAAUUUGGUUAACUUAACGAUAUAACGAUAGAUAAAUAGAAAUAUGUAAUUAAUUAUUUAAGAUCAUCGGCACUUGCAUUCUAUAUUUGUUUAAAAUUACGAUAAAAUUUUAAAUUGUGGAUAAAUUUUGAAAUUAGAUCGUUUCAUUUUUACACGAAAAAUAUUCGUGCAAAACCAAAAAGCAUUGCAAUGACAAUGAGCAUUUAUAAAACACAAAAAAUAAAAUUAUAGUAAAAAAAAACAUGUUAUCAUAUGAAAUAUUUAUUAAUAUUUCAUUAUCUUUAACAAAAAAUUAUAAAAUGUAUUUUGAGAAGUUUAUUUAUUCUGCUCAAAAGCGCAAUUUAUUUCAACUCCCUCUCUAACUCUCUUUAAAUAAGUUUUAUUUCAUAUAAAAAAAAACACUUGUAUUACACAUGAAUUCGAAAUCGAAAUAUUAAAACAAAAAUGUUAAGAAUUUUCCGUAGUUUGGUUUGUGAUGAGUUUGUCAUUUAUUAGACAUAAUUAAAAUCAUUAUCAACAACAAAAAAAUAUCACAAAUUAUACCAAACUGGAGAUAGUUUAUUAAUUAUAAAAUAAAACAUUUUCAUUUGUUACGCACAUAAAUUAUGGUUACCAACAUCAUCUAUUGUUCUUAUAAAUAAUAAUAUAAAUUGUAUUAUGUAUUUUUGUUUUCUAUUUACAACUUGCCAUUACUUCUCAAAAGUGGUGUCGAAAAAUAAAUAAUAUGUUUGAAUUUAUAUUGUAUAGACGAAAAAUAAAAGAUAUUCUAUUAGAAUCAUACAAAUACAAGUACAAAACGAAUUCAUCUCUUAAA